GGUAACGAAAUGCGGGAUUUCUAUCUAAAAUUGCCGAUUCCUUUGGAUUUUCGCAUCUACUUUUUCAACGUAACCAACCCACUACAAGUACAAGAAGGUCAGAAACCUAUCCUGCAAGAAGUUGGGCCUUAUUGUUACGACGCGUACAAGGAAAAAAUAGUUAUUGCAGAAGACAAAGCAAACGACACUUUGACAUACAAUCCUUACGACACCUACUUUUUUAACCAAACUCGAAGUGGUGACCUUUCUCAAGACGACUACGUCACGAUCCUCAAUCCCCUCGUUGUGGGUAUUAUAAAUGCAGUGGCAAUCCAGAAACCACAAUUUCUAUCUGCCGUAAAUAAAGCUUUGCCCAUCGUCUUCAAAGAAGACUAUUCUAUAUACCUCACGACCAGAGUGAGAGACAUUCUCUUCGACGGUGUUCGAAUAGAUUGUAACGUCAAAGACUUCUCAGCAACUGCACUUUGUUCGCAGUUUAAAGGCCAACCUGUAAUGAAAGAAAUCGAGAAAAAUGUUUUCUAUUUUUCCUUAUUUGGAUCGAGAAAUGGUACAGUUCCGCAGCAAAUUACCGUGUACAGAGGUAUCAAAAAUGGCGAGAGUUUAGGUGAGGUUGUCUCGAUCGAUAACCAUACGGACCUACAAAUAUGGCCUAAAGGCUCAUGUAACAAAUAUCGUGGAACAGACGGUUGGAUUUUUCCGCCAUUCUUAAAAGACAAUAUAGAUAUUGUAGCCCCCGAUUUAUGCAGGAAUUUUCAAGCAAAAUUUGUUGAAACUUUGAGAUUUCACAACAUCAAAGUCAGGAAGUAUUUUGCCGACCUUGGAGAAGCAAAUCCUGAAGACCAGUGUUUCUGUCCAGCGCCUGAUAAAUGUUUACCUGAAGGAGUGGUAGAUUUAACCAAGUGUUUACAAGUGCCUUUAAUGUGUACCUUGCCCCAUUUUCUACGAGUUGACGAAAAACUCUUACAACAAGUCGAAGGUCUGCAUCCUGACACCGAAAAACACAUAAUAUUAAUUUAUUUCGAAUCGAUUACUGGAACCCCCGUGGUAGGCCAGAGGAGAAUUCAGUUCAAUUUAGAGCUAAAAACUAUUAAAAAAAUUAACAUUAUGCAAACAGUCCCAGAGGCCCUUCACCCCAUUUUGUGGUUAGAAGAGGGUGUUCAAUUGGAAGGAUUUCUCUUAGAUAAAAUUAUUACCGCCUCUACGCUUUUAAAAGUGGUGUCAGUUGGUCGUUACAUAACGUUGAUAGGAUUCAUAGAAAUAUUUGCCUAUGGAUGUUACCAAGCGUACAAAGACUGGAAACUGUCUAAAGUGGGUCCCGCAGAAUCUCCUAGCAAAAGUGUGAGAUCAAGUGGCGGUCAACACCGAAAAAUUAAUACUCAAGAGAUACUUAAAGCAAUUAAUUUUGCCAAUAGGAAAGACGAAGCAACCACAUAA